AUGGCCAACGCGCAAAAAGCCGCCAUCCAAAGGUGGAAGACUGACCUGACUGCAAAGCUCUCAGGUCAGAAUGUUGGUAAGAAGGAGUGGUGGAGUAGCUUGAAGCAGCAGCAGGGCCUGGCCACGGACUCCACCAUCCCCCCACUCACCACACCGAGCGGUGAGGUAGUGACGAGAGGGAGGGACAAAGCCGAGCUAUUCUCCGCCCACUUCUCCACCAAAAUGAGUGUUACCCACCCAAACAACACUCCACCCAGGAUCCCAGUGCUAACAACUGCUGAGCUGGACAGCCUGCACAUCACCAUGGAGGAGGUGAUGGCCCUGCUCAGCAAGACCGACACGAAGAAGGCUCUGGGACCAGACAACAUCAGCCCUCACAUACUCAGGCAAUGUGCAGCUGAGCUCGCCACUCCACUCACCCAGCUCUACCGGGAAUGCCUCACUUCCCAAACAUGGCCAGCACUCUGGAAGCAGGCCAGAGUGGUGCCUGUACACAAGAAGGGUAGCAGGGCGGAUCCUAAGAACUACAGGCCCAUCUCUCCUCUCCGUGGUGGGGAAGACGCUGGAAGUCCUCAUCACGAGAAAAGUCACCGCCUUCCUCGACGCCCACCACCUCCUUAA